CAAUGGCGUCUGACGUUUGUAGAAACAGAAGAGUCCUUUUGUUGUGCUGAUAAAGUAUCCGUCAGCUCCGUCAGUACUGAUCCAGCAGAGUCUGUGUAUGUUUGGUGAACCUCGUUAAUUAGAGUUUGUGCUGUUCACCUUUUUCUGGAUGUUUUUCCUCUGACUCAUCUCCCGGUAGCCUACAAAGCUAAUGAUGUUAGCUUAGCAUUCUAGCUGGAAACAGACCGACAGGGACGUAAGUUAGCAACACAGCGCUAUUCAGAGUUUAAAGGAGAGUAAAUGGUGUUUUUGACGGAGUUUGAGUAAAGAAUACGUAUCUUACGUUGUGUUAAAAUGUCUAAAGCACAAAUACUGAGAUCUUUAGUCAACCAGCGACUCACUGCAGCUGCUGAAGAGAUAUUUGAGCUGUUUGAAAGAACGAUAGCAGAGCACGAGGAGGAACUUUCUCGUUCUAAAGAGGAGAACGAGCGACAACGGAAACUCCUGGACGCUGUUUUCAACCCUCAGCUUCGGUCACAAAAAACAGAUGUCCAGCAGCUGUUGGUGGUUAAAGAAGAGGCUCCCUUUGAGCAGCAGGAGUGGAGCUCCACUUUGGACCAGGAGGACCCAGAACCCCCACACAUCAAAGAGGAAGAAGAAGAGGAGGAACUAUGGUCCUGUCAGGAGGGAGAGCAGCUUCAAGGGCUGGAAGAGGCUGAUAUCAAGUUCCCAUUCACUUCUUUCACUGUGAAGAGUGAAGAUGAUGAAGAGGAACCUCAGUCCUCACAGCUUCAUCAAAGACAAACUGAUCAGAUGGAAACAGAAGGUGAUGGAGAGGACUGUCGAGGACCAGAACCAGACAUGAACUCAGAUGGAGAUACACCUUUACAACCAUUUAAUGAUGAAAAGACUGGAGACUCUUCUGAAGCUGAAACUGAACACAGUGAUGACUGGAAGGAGACCAGAGAACCUCAGUCAGGUUCAAACUCUUUGAAAAAUGAUGAAAUCUCUGUUAGUGAUUUGACAGGUAGCACUGGUGAGAAACUAUUUAGAUGCUCUGUGUGUGGGAAAUUAUUUGGCUUCAGGGGAAAUCUGAAGAUACACAUGAGAAGUCAUACAGGAGAAAAACCUUUCAGCUGUUCAGUUUGUAAGAAAUCUUUUACACAUAGUAGAAGUGUACAGAAACACAUGAGAAUCCACACAGGAGAGAGACCUUUCAGCUGCCUAGUGUGUGAGAAAGGUUUCAUUGAAAGUGGAGAUCUAAAGAGGCACAUGAGAAUUCAUACAGGAGAAAAACCUUUCAGUUGCUCAGUUUGUAAGAUGUUUUACACAGAAUGGAAGUUUACAGAAACACAUGACAACUCAUACAGGAGAGAAACCGUUCAGUUGCGUAGUGUGUGGUAAAGAUUUUACUGAAAGUGGCCAUCUGAAAAGACACAUGAUAACUCAUGGAGGAGAAAAACCAUACAGCUGCUCUGUUUGUCAUAAAUCUUUUACACAUA